UCCCUCCGCCAGAAAAUGAGUCCCUCGGUUUGGGAGGCGGCUGGCGGCGAUAGAGGCGCCCAGAGGGGUUGCUCCCGGCCCCGCGCACCGAGGAGGGAACCGAGGCGUGAGAAGCGAGGAGCGCGGGCCGAGGCUGCGGCCGGGAGCCCCGCGGACCGUGCGGCACGAGGCGGCGGGAUUAUCGCUCAUAGCGAGGAGGGAGUGACGCGCCCUUCCUUUUCCGGUCGGGGCUGCGGCGGGGACGGGCGGCAGCAGGAGAGCUCCGCCGCCGCCACCAUGGCUUGUGCUCGACCACUAAUCUCUGUGUACUCUGAGAAGGGGGAAGCCUCAGGCAAAAAUGUCACCCUGCCUGCUGUGUUCAAGGCUCCCAUCCGCCCUGAUGUGGUGAACUUCGUUCACACCAAUCUGCGCAAGAACAACAGGCAGCCCUACGCUGUCAGCGAGCUGGCAGGCCACCAGACCAGCGCCGAGUCCUGGGGCACGGGCCGAGCCGUGGCUCGGAUCCCUCGCGUCCGAGGCGGCGGCACUCACCGCUCGGGCCAGGGUGCCUUUGGGAACAUGUGUCGUGGAGGGCGCAUGUUUGCCCCAACCAAGACCUGGCGGCGCUGGCACCGCAGAGUGAACACGACUCAGAAGCGUUACGCCAUCUGCUCCGCUCUGGCAGCGUCCUCUCUGCCAGCACUCGUCAUGUCUAAAGGUCACCGCAUCGAGGAGAUCCCAGAACUUCCUCUGGUGGUUGAGGACAAAGUUGAGAGUUACAAGAAAACCAAGGAAGCUGUUCUGCUUCUGAAGAAGCUUAAAGCUUGGAAUGACAUCAAGAAGGUUUACGCCUCUCAGCGUAUGAGGGCCGGAAAGGGUAAAAUGAGGAAUCGGCGUCGCAUCCAGCGCAGGGGACCCUGCAUCAUCUACAACGAGGACAACGGUAUCAUCAGAGCGUUCCGCAACAUCCCAGGAAUUACCCUUCUCAACGUAAACAAACUGAACCUGCUGAGACUUGCUCCCGGGGGCCACGUUGGGCGCUUCUGCAUUUGGACAGAAAGUGCUUUCCGCAAGCUGGAUGAUCUGUACGGCACCUGGCGCAAAGCCGCCACGCUCAAGAGCGACUACAACCUGCCCAUGCACAAGAUGACCAAUACGGACAUUGGGAGGAUCAUGAGAAGCCAGGAAAUCCAGAAGGCUCUGCGGCCUCCCAAGAAGAAGAUCCACCGUAGGGUCCUGAAGAAGAAUCCUCUGAAGAAUCUGAGAAUCAUGAUCAAGUUGAACCCGUACGCCAAGACCAUGCGGCGCAACACCAUCCUGCGCCACGCGCAGAACCAUAAACUUAAGGAAGAGAAGAAAGCCAAGGCCCAGGCCAAGCUGGCAGCCAAGAAGGCAGAGACUGCAGCCAAGACUGCCAGGACUACCAAGACUGCUGCAAAGGGCAAGGCUGAAGCAUAAACCCUUGGUGUGGGGCUUCAUCUCCCUGUGUGCAGGAACCUGUACCCAGGGUCAUGAGACAAUAAAUUCUAUUGGAACAGAGAAA